AUGCAACAAUCGAACCUGAGCCAGGUGUCCUUCCCUGGCCGAGAACCAGACUCUCCAGUGACAUUGACCAAUCUCACUAUCACCAACUCCAUCAAAAGCGACGUGUCCCUUGUCAAAGACCCAGAAUUCUGGCGGCGUUUCUCCGUGGCUAUUCAUCAAGAUGAAGAACAAGCCCGACAACCGGAGCGCGAAAAGACCGAAGGCGAAUCGUGGCUCGCGCGUCAGCGUAAAAAGAAUCGCCGCUCGAAAAUCUGCGGUUUCCUUAUUGCUUUCAUAAUUGCGCUGAUUGCUUGUGGAGCCGGUAUUGGCAUUUGGCUGCUGAGCAAAAACGGCUGGUUUAAAAAGGGAACGCACACCACUUGA